UUUAACUGUGCCCUUCCAGAGGCAAGAGAGUCAAUUUACAAGCCAGAGUCCCAGACAGUCCCAUCCGGCUAAACAGUCAGUAGCCUACUGUUCUUUCUUGUUGUUCCUUGUUUGGGGAUAGAAUUGGGAAAAGGCUACUUAUAUAUUUUGGAUAUCCUUCUCAGGCCAAAUUGUAGACAUAGGAAUGGGCCGGAGGAACAAGCCAAGGGCAACAAGACCAGAAAUAGGUGAUAAAUUGGUAACACCUGACCCUCAUCCAAUGGUUGUGGGAGCAGUGAAAUGUGUACUACCCAGGAAGACUGCCUUAAACUUACUUAAGGCUUGUGAAAUAACCACAAACAUCCGAAGUCCUGUCUCCAAUACGUAUGAGAGAUUAGAUAAUAGAGUGGUGAAAAUCUGUGUCAAUCUAUGGCCUGUCCUGGCUUCAGCCAAAGAGCCUGUAGAGGAAAGCAGUAGUUUGCUGGAUGAAGAGGAACCUGGGACCAGCACAGAUACAAGGACCUUCAACACAUCAAAGUCUGGUGAGCAGCGUCCGAGAGACCAAGAAAGGAGACACCAUGUUAGACAAGAAUUGGACAGGGCUAAAGCAAGCUGUCUAGUGAAGCCUAUUUUACUACCACCCAUAAGUAAACUAUCCCUUACAACACGACAAGCACAUUCAGAGUGCAUGGGAAUGCAAGUGCCACACACAUCUCUGCCACAGAUAUGUGUAUCAGACCAAGAUGCCUUGGUCAAAUCCUCCAAGGGGACAAAAGCCAUUGAGAAUAAGGCACCAUUUCCCAUGAUCCUAUUGCAGAAGACCAGCAAUUUGAUGGACAGCACCAUUAUCUCCCAAUGUAGGUCUGCCCAGGUUCACCUCCCUGAGAUAUCAGUGUCCAGUAUAGAAGGCCUGCUUCAGAGAGUUGCAGAGCGAGUGGGAAGGAGAGAGAGGGAUGAGACAUCGGGACUGACCAAUCCUGAUCAUCUUCUCAUGGCUGGCGCGCUGCGAGACCUGAGAGAGAAGAGGCUCCAGCAUCGGGGAGACUAUAGCUCAGAGGGAACGGUAAGAUGUCCAGAGGUCAAGCCAAUCGGUGGACAGAAAGGGACCACUCUAGUAACAGAGAAUGGAAUGCAGAACCCUGCCUCCCUCUGCAAUAAAACCAAACUGCCUGUCAUCCUUAGUAUGUCCAAAGGAAGCCUUUGA